CCCCGACCGAGGUCUCCUCCGCCCCAGCAGUAGAAGGAGCAGCGGACGCAUCGACGGGCAAGAUGACCGACGCCAAACCUGCCGAAGGCAUCACCAUCACCGUUUGUGGUGGUGGCAACGCGGCUCACAUUGCUGCCGGCAUGUUUGCCAAGAAUGGCGCCAACGUCAACCUCUUUUUCUCCUUCGAGGACGAGGCCAAGCGCUUCAAGGAGGCCUGUGAUAAGGCUGGUGGCGUCACCGUAACGACAAAGACCACCUCCUACACGGGCCAACCCAAGGUCAUUACGGCAGACCCCAAGACGGCCAUUGAAGGAGCCGAUCUCAUCCUUCUUAUCGUCCCGGCCUUUGCUCAUGAGCCGAUUCUCAAGCAGAUUGCUCCUUUUCUGAAGAAGGGGGCCUUUGUGGGUGCCAUUCCAGGCCCCGGCGCCUUUGAUCUCAUUGCCAUCAAUGUACUGGGCGACCUCAUCAAAGAGCGGGACAUUACCUUGUUUGCUGGCACCUCCCUACCGUGGGCUUGUCGCUUUGACGAGUAUGGUUGCAAAGCCUCGCUCCUUGGUGAGAAGAAACGCGUUGACAUCAACGCGCGCCCCAACGAGCCCGAACGCAACGCUCUCCUUGGCGACAAGAUGUCGCGGCUGCACGACCUGACGGACUUUCAGUGCAAGGGCAACAUGCUCACCUCGGCUCUUUGGCCAACCAAUUGCAUCAUCCACACGGGUAUCUCCUACGGCAUCUGGCAUGACUGGGACGGCGAACCGGUGGCCGAAGCCCCAUUGUUUUACCAAAACUGCAACGACUUUACGGGUUCGGUGCUCGAUGGCCUCUCCAACGAGAUUGGUCAAGCCGUAGAGGUCCUCAAGAAAGCCGGUGCCGACCUCGCUGGCUGGCAGCCCAUUGAUGUGUAUCUCCUCGAUGUUUACGGUGAUGUCAUCUCUGACCACAGCAGCACAGCACAGAUCUUCGCCACCAAUGACGCCUUCCGUGGGCUCAAGGCCCCGGUCACGGAGGUGGAAGGCGGCAAGUUUGUGCCCAACUUUCGCACCCGCUACCUCACCGAAGACUUGCCUCACGGUCUCGCCGUACUCCGCGGUGUUGCCGAGAUUUGCGGGGUCGAGACACCCAUGAUGGACAAGGUCCUGCUGUGGGCCCAGCCCAAGAUUGAGAAGGAGUACCUGGUUGAUGGCAAGAUCCAGGGCAAGGAUAUUGCUCAGAGUGGUUGCCCGCAGCGAUUUGGUAUUACCACCCCCGAGCAGCUCGUAAAUGGCGACAUUCCCAACAGUGCCAAUUGAGCAUGCCGAUGUCCUCCGGAGAUGCCGUAGCAGAAUAGGAUCCGGCUCUGAAUUUUGAUAAUUUUGUGAUUUCUUUCCUUCUUCUUUGUUUGCAUAAAAUUUUACCGUCUUUGCUGUCUUUGAACCUAUAGCGUCGCCACCCUGUUGUCUCAUGCGAUGUGCAUCCCAAAGCUGUUGUACACCAUUGUCACAACGCCGUGUUUAAAUCGAGACUUGGCUG